AUGGGACCGAAUACUCCUACAAACAUCGUAAAAAGCCACAAAAGAGUAGACUCCAGUACUCUCCCUGACGAUGAAAUGCUGAUUCUGAUUAAAUCUCAACCGAACCCACGAUAUACAUCGAUCAAAGGAUCAAACCGUCCGCUUGUCCCUGGCAAUACCUCCCACAUUACAACAAAUUCGUCAGGGCAACUGCCAUUCUCAGAUACUCGCACCGCGGUUGACCGAUUGCAAGAUGAUAUAUCUCGAAAGCGAAAUCCACCGGCUACAGUUACUAUGUGGUCUAAGAUCCAGAUCAAUAAAAAAAACCAUAGCUUCGUUGGUUGUGAGGGAUCCUCGGAGUUUGGGGAGUCCGAGAUAUUAGAGGAGUAUGCGUACACCCAAAAGUCUGCCUGCGAAUUUGUUGAGAGGCUGGACUUUUCUCGGUGGACGCAAGCGUGUGGUGGCAACAACGCAGGAUCGCCUCAUGCUUAG